GCCUGGCAGAUCAAGGCCGCCAUCGAUCUCUCCCUCCUGUGUCCAGAGCAGUGAAGAAAAAAAAAACCCCGUCUGGGACUCGAACCCGAUCAGCUGCGGAUCCACAGGCCUUCUCUGCACCGUGGCUCCAUGGACCCAUCAUCAUGACGUUCAGCUCAUCGAUCUUAUCCCGCCAUCAGCUCUGGCCCCGCCCUCGCCUCCAUCGCCUCCUUUCAGACGCCUGGACCAAUGGCUGCGCAGCGCCAUCCAGGUGCCUCAGCACCGACGGCCCCUCCCUCCACCCUGUGAUUGGUGAGAACUCGGUGGAGCUGUUAGGCCACUCCUACCCUCGUGAUGACUUCACUAACGUCACUCCAAAGAUCCUGGGCAAGGUGGGGCGCCACCUGCACAACCAGCCGUACCAUCCGCUGUGGCUCAUCAAGGAGCGCAUUAAAGCUCACUUCUACAGCUCCUACAUCGGCCGCUGGGGGAACCCAGUGUUCUCUGUCCACGAUAACCUGAGUCCUGUGGUGACGGUGGAGCAGAACUUUGACAGCUUGUUGAUCCCAGCCGAUCAUCCCAGCAGGAAGCCAGGAGACAACUACUACCUGAACAGAACCACCAUGCUUCGAGCUCACACGUCGGCCCACCAGAGGGAGCUGGUCCGCUCUGGCCUGGACGCCUUCCUAUUGGCCGGAGACGUCUACAGACGAGACGAGAUCGAUGCCAGCCACUACCCCGUCUUCCAUCAGAUGGAGGGAGUCCGACUUUUCUCCAACCACGAGCUCUUCUCUAAGGUCCCGAACGGCGAGGAUCUGUCCCUCUUUGAGCGGGGAGGCCGCCGGACGCCCCACAAGCAGGAAAGCCACACCCUGGAGGCGGUGAAGCUGGUGGAGUUUGACCUGAAGCAGACCUUAACCCGACUCGUCACUCACCUGUUUGGAUCAGACGUGGAUGUCCGGUGGGUCGACUGUUACUUCCCGUUCACUCAUCCCUCCUUUGAGCUGGAGGUGCGUUUCCAGGGCGACUGGAUGGAGGUGCUGGGCUGUGGAGUGAUGGAGCAGGAACUGCUGAACUCUGCCGGGGCCGGGAACAAGCUGGGCUGGGCGUUUGGUUUGGGUCUGGAGAGACUGGCCAUGAUCCUCUACAGCAUCCCAGACAUCCGGCUCUUCUGGAGUCGAGACGAGCGCUUCCUGAAGCAGUUCAGGGUGGAGGAUGUCCAGCAGCCCAUCUGCUUCCAGCCUCUCAGUAAAUACCCGCCGCUCCUCAACGACAUCUCCUUCUGGCUGCCAGAGAGCUUCACUGAGAACGACUUCUAUGAGCUGGUGCGGACGGUGGGAGGAGACCUGGUGGAGAAGGUCACCCUGGUGGACGAUUUCACUCACCCCAAGUAA